UGGACGCCGCGCCGAUCCUCGUUGCAUUCUGCCGGCGUGCCGCUCGCGAGGAAAACAAGAUUCGAGAGGAGGAAGAGGGACCUUGAGAGAUCGCCGUCCGUUGCGCGAGGGUUUUAUGGAUACGCCGAAGGUACCGGAGGCUCUUACUCGGCUCUCUCGGAGUAUCCGCGAUAAUCGCCGUCCAAUGACGCGGUCGGGAUGAUCGAUUGACGGCGCGGCGAGAUCGAUCGCUCUCGGUGGAUGCAUAAUACGCCUUACGUAUACCGUAGUGAUCUCGAUUGGCGCGAGGAAACGCCGAGCGGACGUUCCGGUGCGAACGGGACGAAUAGAUGCGCGUGCACCUGCAGUGGGACUCGCAGAGAGAUGUCGCGAAUUACGAAUCGCGUCGCCACGAUUGGCGCGGCUCUCGCCAUCGUCCUGCUCGUGAUACUCCUAGUGAUCCUGUGGUCGGACGUGCGCAACGUGGACAGGAUCGAGAAUCUCGGCCGGGCGCGGAACAACUCGACGGCGGCCGACGGCGCGGCGAAUGAAACGUGGAAGAGGCAGCUCGACGGUCUGCGCGUCGCCACGACGGACCUGGUCGCGACGUUCGAGUCCAUCGAGCAGAAUCUCACGAAUGAGGUGCUUCCUGAAGGAGCACGGAGUACGAAAGAGUUCAAUGGCACGUCGUCGAUCGACAUACUGCCGUCCGCUAAGGGCAAUCUGGAGUACGUCAAGCCUUUAAAAAUUAGUCAAAAUCAGUAUGAAGAUCCACCCGAGCAGUCUUCCACGGCGAAGAGGCAUCACAGCGGUCACUUCCGGCACGCGACGGCCGAAGUCUGGGAUCCUCAUCCGCAAUACGAAUUCACCGCCUUCGGGAGGCGAUUUCGCUUGCGGCUGGCGCACGACGCCAGCUUCGUGUCUCCCGACAUAAAGGUGACGCACAUGAGCGAGAACACGACGAGGAGGGAACACGCCGGUCAUCACGUGGGCUGCUACUACACCGGGUCAGUCGACGGCGACCCAAGUUCAGCGGUCAGUGUCAGCCUUUGUCACGGAAUGACCGGUCACAUGAAGACGUCGAUGGGCAGCUACUUCAUCAAACCUACCGAACACUGGCGCGAGGACGACAAGGAUUCUCUCGGAUCUUCGUUGCAGCACGCGAUCUACCGCUCGCCCACGCCUGCGAUCAAUUUGAACGACGACUUUGACGCUCCCGAAAAUGCAGUUAAAAGCCGCAACUGCGGCGUGAUAGAUUACGACUCGGACGACGUCCCAGCCCCGUUAACGGACGAUGGUUCCGCUCGUAAAGUUUACGUCGGGGAGCGCUCGCGGGAGCGUAGAUCAUUGACGCGGAAAACCGCAUCGUUGGAGCGGUUUCCUAGGGAGGAGGAAGAGGAGUACGAGCGAUUCACAGAGCUGAGCGAGCACCGCCGGGAUUUUUUUCAAAGAUUGGAUUACGACAGGUAUAAUAAUGUGGAACGUGAACGUGGCCAUCAGAACGAAGAAUACGCACAGGACUCGGAGAUGGACUCGGAUCCCUUCGUGACGUGGAGACCGCGGCGUGCCUUGCCGCGUGAAUAUUUCAUCGAGAUCAUGGUGGUGGCUGAUGCGAAAAUGGUGGAAUACCAUGGCACUGGUUUGGUCGGCUACAUUCUUGUUCUGAUGAGCACGGUUUCACGGAUCUACAAGGACCAGUCUAUCGGCAAUCCGGUGAGCAUUGCGGUGAUGAAGAUCGUCAAGACCGAGGAAGUGUUCGGCGUCAAGCACAGCGGAAGCGACGGGAUCGCCGCGGCCGAAAUGUUGAAGCGAUUCUGCCAGUGGCAGAAGCACAAUAAUCCCGACGAACCCUCCCCGGAACAUCACGAUGCCGCGCUUCUACUGACCAGAGAAAAUCUAUGCCACAACCCGCGCCAAAAGCGUUGCGAUACUUUGGGCCUGGCCGAGCUGGGUAGAAUGUGCUCGCCUGGGUCUUCGUGCGCUAUCGUGCAGGAUAAUGGAUUAGCCGCGGCGUUUACCAUCGCGCACGAGAUUGGUCACGUGCUUAACAUGCCGCACGACGACGACGCCAAGUGCGCGGGUUUCAGGAACCGUUCGGGCGUACACAACGUGAUGUCCCGCAUGCUGGACGAUAAUACUUUUCCCUGGGAGUGGUCCAAGUGUUCCCGACACUAUGUCACCGAAUUUCUCGAAGCCGGAUAUGCCAACUGUUUGCUCGACGAGCCCAGCAAAAUGAUGGAGAGACAAAACGGUCGGCUACCCGGCGAAGACUAUUCGGAGAACAAACAGUGCGAGCUCGUCUUCGGGCAAGGAUCCAGAAUCUGUCCUCACAUGGUGAGUGAUGUGUGUAGGAGACUGUGGUGCACCGCACCACUGUGGGAUCAUCAUCAGCAGUGUCACACUCAGCACAUGCCCUGGGCCGACGGCACACCGUGCGGCUUCGACAAGUGGUGUCAUCGCGGCGAGUGCGUCUCGCGCAGAAACCUCGAGCCGGUGCACGGCCAAUGGGGCGAGUGGGGAAGGUACGGCGAGUGUUCGCGGACCUGCGGCGGCGGCGUCAAGAGGAAGUAUCGCGAGUGCGAUAAUCCGGCGCCGAAGAACGGCGGCAACUACUGUAUCGGCGAGCGCGUAAAGUAUCGCAGCUGCGGCACCAGAGAAUGUCCGCCAGGUAGCCCAGAUUUCAGAGAACAACAGUGCUCGAAAUUCGACCACAACAACUUCAACAUCCAGAAUCUCGCCAGAGACGUUAAGUGGCAUGCAAAGUAUACCAGAAUACUGCCACAAGAUCGUUGUAAACUGUACUGCCAAGUGGAGAGCAAUCAGUAUUACAUGUUACGCGACAAGGUGAUCGACGGGACACCCUGCGGCCCCGACACUUUUCACAUAUGCGUCAACGGCCAAUGCAAGCCCGCUGGAUGCGACCACGUCUUGAAUUCGACGGCGGAGCUCGAUACCUGCGGGGUCUGCAGAGGCGACAACGCCACUUGUCAGAGGAUCACGGGCGCCUACAACGCCAGCGUGUACGGUUACACCAGGGUAGCGAAAAUCCCUGCCGGUAGCAGCUACAUUGACAUUGAACAACACGGAUGGCUGGACUCUCACAACGACAGUAAUUAUCUCGCCCUGCGGCUUGGAGAAGAUGGCGAUUACGUCUUAAAUGGGAACUUUAUGGUAAUGCAUCGCAAGGUUAUCGUGCAUCCUGGCGUCACUAUCGAAUACAGCGGGCCGGAAUCGGUCGUGGAACGACUGAACAGUUCCCGGCCUAUCGGCAUCGAUUUAAUUUUGGAGGUAUUAUCCGUGGGGAACGUUUAUCCGCCGCAAAUCACGUACGAGUACACCGUACCGAAAAUAAUUCUAAACAGUUACACGUGGCUGCUCAACGAUUGGUCGACCUGCAAUCGGAUGUGUCAGGGUAUGAAGUAUCGUAAAGCUGAAUGUAGAAGCACCGAGCACAAGGAAGCGGUGCCCGACGCUUACUGCAGAAACGAGGAAAAACCGCAGGAGGAGAGUCACAUGUGCAAUGCGCAUUGUACACUACAGUGGCAGACAACUUCCAUGUCUGAAUGCUCGAAUCACUGCGGCCCGGGUGUGCGAAAUGUCACCUCGCGAUGCGUGCAAAUCUUUCUGGACUCGUCGCAUCCUCCCCGGUCGAUACCAGCGCACGCCUGCUUGCACAUCGAGAAACCGAGCAAGCAUCAGCCGUGCGUAGGUCCUUGCGACGAUGCUCAUUGGAGUUACAGCGAAUGGAACGCCUGCAGUGUUUCCUGCGGCGGCGGUGUGCAAUUGAGAAGCGCGAUAUGCGUUGAUUCAAACGAGAGGCAGGUGCGAGACGAGAACUGCGCUAGACAGGAGAAGCAUCUCAAGAGGACGUGCAAUCAAGAGGCUUGUCCGAAGUGGGAUCUGGGAGAGUGGAAUCCGUGUUCCGUGACCUGCGGCGUCGGAAAACGACAUAGAUCCUCCUGGUGCCAGGUCGAGAAUCGCGUGGUAUCGCGCACCUUCUGCAGCGCUACGCCGAUCGUAACGACAGAGGUCUGCGACGCCGGUCCUUGUCAUCAGUGGCAUGCCGGCGACUGGAGCCCGUGUUCAGUGACGUGUGGCGAGGGAAUAUCGCGAAGAAAAGUCGUUUGCAAGAAUACAGACGGUGCACCGAGCGACGAAUGUCCCAUCUCUGAGAAACCAGAGACUUCGGUUACCUGCACGUCAAAGCCAUGUCCCAAUACGAGCCUGCCGCCGAUCACGUACUCCACGAAUCCCCCACGUGAAGAUUCGUCUCCUCAAGAAAACGAAAUCGACAGCAACGGUAUUACAUUCCACUCGGGUUACAAAUGGCACGUAGGAUCCUCUUACGGAGAGUGUUCGCGAAAGUGCAAUGUCGGAUACAAAAACAGACUAGUGAGAUGUGUAUCCUCGGAAACUGGGGAGGUUGCGCCUGACUAUUAUUGCGACUCUAAUCAACAACCGAUGGUCAGGAUCACCUGCAAUCGUCACCCAUGUCCGACUUGGAAUACCGGCGACUGGAGCGAGUGCGACGUAGUAUGCGGUAAUGGAUUCCAGCAUCGUCAAGUUCGCUGCCAAAGUCAUCGCGGUGAAACUUUACCGGAUAAGGAAUGUAGUGAUGAACGACCGAAACACGUGCAAAGGUGCCAGAAGGAAUCUUGCAGAAGCAGUCCUAAAAAUAAUAGGGAAAACAGUUUGGAGUCUAACAUCGUUCGCAGAUGGAGAAUGUCUAAUUGGACUCCGUGCUCAAAAUCAUGCGGCACCGGGAUUCAGACGCGAAGGGUGGAAUGUACGAUGAGAAGAGGCAACCAUGGGCCGGAAAUACCCGUUAAGGACGAGCAGUGCCUGAGAUCAAAAUUGCGCAAACCAAAAUCGCAGAGAUUAUGCCAACGCAUUGCCUGCGAUUUUAUCUGGCAAGAAGGCACCUGGUCGGAGUGUUCGGCGGAAUGUGGUGAAGGAAUACAACGCCGUGAGGUCACUUGUCAUCGAGUAAAUCUCUACGGAUGGAUUGAUCCAACUCCAACGGAAGGUUGCCAGAUGGAUGAGAGGUCGGUCAGCGAGCAGAUUUGUAAGCUGCGCGAGUGCAGCGAUGAAUAUUAUUGGACUGCAGGCCCUUGGAAAAAAUGUAAUCAUCCUUGCGGACGCAAAGGGCGGCAGAUUCGUAGACUUUACUGCCACGAUGCAUCCGGCAGGAAGGUAGCGCGGAUUCAUUGUCCAGCAGAACACAAGCCACAACGCAGGCGUAAGUGCAAUCAAAGGAGAUGCGGUCCAGUCACCUGUCUCGAGAUCCAGAAACGACUCAAGGUUACCACGGAUGGUGAAUAUCCACUGUUAAUCGGUGGUAGAAAUAUGACAAUUUAUUGUCACGGAAUGUCGAGCGCCGAGCCACGAGAGUACCUGACUUUACCAGCUGGCGACAGCGAGAACUACGCGGAAAUAUACGACAAAAGAUUAAGAAACCCUCAUACGUGUCCGUUCAAUGGUCAAAGAAACGACAGUUGCAACUGCGUAUCCGAACGGGGGACGAUAUCUGGCAGAACGAUGUUCAAGAGGGUACGCAUAGAUCCAACGACACUCUACAUUAUAGCGAACGAUUACACAUUUUCGUGGACGAAAGGAAUGCAACGCGUGGAAUAUGGCAAAGCCGGCGAUUGCUACAGCCUCACCGAAUGUCCACAAGGACGUUUCAGCAUUGACCUGAGAGGAACUGCCUUGGGGCUAUCAUCAGAAAUUACAUGGGUUAAAGAAACCUCAAAUGCUUAUCUCGCAAUCAAUAGAAUUAAUAAUCAACGAAUCGUCGGCAAAUGCGGCGGUUAUUGCGGCUUCUGCAAGCCGAGGACGGGCCUAAAGCUGGACGUAUUACCUCCCUAGUCACAGCCAUCAACUUUUGGUACUUCAUUUACAUGUUCUAUGAUGCCGCGAGUCGCGAGUCGCGGUAUCAUAACCACCGAUUUGCUUUAAAUUCGAUUAGUUUCUUAGUAGCACCCGGAAGAAAGUAUAUAUAUUUUUUUUCAAUAUACGUAUAUAUAUAUAUUGGAGAUAGGGAUUAACGAUACCGAAACUCACACUGGAACGGCGACCAAUACAACGGAAUGCACAUGACACGAUGUACAAUCUAUCACUGCCGUCACGCAUGUGCGACUAUAUUAAAAUUACAAGGUACAAUUACGUGUUUGUGGGGAACGUGUCUCUACGGAUGCAAAAUUAGAAAGUUUGCAACUAGGAAAAAAAAAGAAAGCGAGCGAUAUUACCAUUCUAGUAUUUUCAUAAUUGGAGCCGUUUCCUCGCAAAUCGAAUUUCCAGCAGUCGUAACGAUAUCGAUACGAAUAGUAAUCGUAAUAUGCAUUUUAUAUACAAACUUGAAGUAAUUGAUAAUGGUAUCAUAUUCUACGAACACCACGAUUAAUGUUGUGCUCUCUUUCGAUGAUCUUACAAUCCUACAGUUUGCUUUUAUCGUGAUGCCACUGCCGUUUUCUACAAUACCCCAUCGAUUUUAAAAAGGGAAGAGACAUUAAGGAGAAUUGAUACCUUAUUUUUACUUUUGACAAUAAAGUAUCAAUAUAGAGUAUAUAAGUACAACAGAGGUGAGUAUCUUGAUUAGCAUCUUGGUGCUACAGCAAUUAACAAUUUAUAGCAUCCAGAUAGAAAGAAAGAAACAAAAUACUCGAGUUUAUGAUUCUUACGCAAGUUGGACAUCUUAUGUAAUGUUUUCUGCCUACAAUGAGCUGUAGAAACAUACUCGUAAAACUUGUUAAACAAGCUGUAGGAUAUUAUUUUUCCCCUUUUUACUUGCAUCGCGCGCGUAUAGGUGAAUAUUGUCCGUUUUAUCUCGAAGGUAUCGCAGUAACAUUGAUAAGCAUAGACGUGCGUAAAAUGAAUAAAUCUACUAGUAAACUUUACAGUGUACGCGUGUAAAGUAGUUUGAAAAUCGUAUAUAGGUACAUACACUGUGUCUAUUAGUGAUUAACGCACGACAUAGUUUCGUCUCACGUCUAGAAAAGAAAUAUUAUGUAGAACGUUACGAAAUGAUUUUCCAAACUGUCUCUACAAGUACUUAGGACACAUUGAAGCUGUUUCUUCCUUGAUGAUUGUCUACGCGACUGAUCUCUGGUCGCUGGGCAAAUAUAUUUUUUCACGGUGCAUUUGAAGAGACUAACUGAGGCUCAACGACUCUCUCUUUUACGAAGAAAACGUUUUCGUUAAAGAUUCGACUUCAAAUUGGUCGAAAAUGAAUGAAGUUUGUGAAAGGCCAACGACGUACCGCAACCCCAAUGAAGAUCAAGCACAAAAUUAUUUUUUUAGCUUUACGUAAAAUCGUAGGCGUAGGUACAAUCGUGUUACGUUACUGAAGCAAAUGCACGUAAUUUGUACAAAAGCAUAUAAUAUUUAUACUAAUGAAGUAGCAGUAAGGAAACUUUAUUCGUAUUUUAUCGCGCCGCAUCAACUUAGGAAAUGAUGUCGAUGUGAAUGCGGUGCCGAUUAGUCUUUUUACAUUAAACAACCAACAAGAUUGGUCAGUACAAUAAAUCGCCUUUCUCUAACGAUUGCGACACUCGCGUCACUAGAUAUGAGUGUUAAAGCGCCGGGCUUUGCACGGACGCUUUACAACUCGGACGCCUGUUAGUUAUACAGAUACAGCGUAUUUCGACAGACUGCCAUAGUUAAUAUUAUUAUAUAUAUGGUAUAUGUAUACGUAAUUGUUAAGUGUAUAAUCUGCCAAUCUUGGCCACGUUGUAGCAUAAUAAGAUUUAACGAUGACGGGAGAUAGUGCGGUCUAUCUCGUAAGAGCGAGUAUGAACGCAUUUGUUAAGAUAAGCAUUUCCGAAGUGCCGAAAAAUUAACGAUGUUAGUCACGGUAAUGUAAAAACUUUAUGUGUGUAGGAACGCGAUAUUUACUUAAUUUCUUGUAUUAACGUUAGCAAAGUUAGUGGCGGACGGUGCUGUUUCAGAUUGCAUUACGUGUGUGUUGUCAAGGCGGAGGCGUUAUUUCGCGUAUGCCCUAAAUACACGUCCUGAACGUGCCGAAUUUUAUGGGGCUUGUACGACGCCUACUGUAGAGCAAUACACAGCUCGCAGCAUCCCCGACUCGACUUUGCAGACGAUAUAACUGCCGCAGGACCGAUUUACGAGCGCGGAGGAAGGCACGCUGUGCCGCGAGCAUACAUAUCUAAUGUCGUAGGCAGCUAAUUGAUCGGUUGUUGCUCGAUAAUUAAACACACGCAUGAGAAUCUGUUGUUUUGCAAUUCUAUCAACGUUUUACGUAAUGUAUAUUAAACGUCAUAAAUGUUCUGGUGCCUAAUAAAUGGGCAUCUUCGCGAACACAUCUCCAUUAUCAUGAUACACAGGAUCCCACGUUCUUCUUAUUAUAGAUUUUUUUAUUGAGUUGCUGUUUCUUUACUUUCAACGAAAAUAUUGACAUACAACUGUUGAAUAAUUGACGAUUAAAGAUCAAAUUAAGUUUCAGGAAAAAAAAUUGAUAAAGUUAUAUUCUUUAGUUAAAAAUUUAAAUGAGCUUUAUUUUAAUCCAAAUUUUUUUACAUGUAGCUGCGCAGACAUAUAUAAAAUCAAAGAUUGUAAAGAUAAUUGGCAAUCAUUAAUUUCUCUCAACAAUCUCAUCGAAUCGCCUUCGAAUUAGCCUAAAGAACUAUUGGAAGAACGUGCGAUGCUUCUGUUUGUGUAUCAUGAUAACUUGUGUUAUAAAAAUAAAAAGCAUUGGAUAUAAUAAUUAAUCAUUGACGAUCCGCUUUUUAUAUGUUUUUUAUUUUAUUCUGUAGGUGUAAAGCGAUAUAAUAGAAUCGUUUGAUUAAUAGGCGUAAUUUCAAAGACUCCCUUCAAUUUAGAAGCUAUUUUAAUUGUUGGGACAAAACCGGAUACUCAAAAUUUAUCGACACACAUCUAGGAAUCAUUGAUUAUAUUUAAUUAAGUUUGUGAGAUAUAAGAAGCGAUCCAGAAAGUACUCCUUCAGUGAAUUCUGUAGACGUUUAUGUACGUACAUAUAACGUUUAAGGUUCACGAAUGCAUACGAUUUCGCUAGCCUUUUUUCAGUAAUUAAUAAUCCCUUUACUGCCAAUCACGAGUAUUUCUUUGCAUUCAUGGCAAUUGUACAUUCUAUAUAAAUUUUAAACAAAUCACGAGAUAUACUUCCGUUUACUUUAUAACGCAUUUAGUUCUAGCAAAACUAGUUCUCGAGAGAAUCAGUAUAAAUACCGGCUUUUGCAAUGUGACGUGUGAUCGUGAACAUUCUAUGUGAACCAGUGUAUAUCCAAAUAAAAUGUGAAAAUUUUAGAUAGUGCAA